AUGGAUCCCAUCACCGCCCUAACGAGUGCCGUCGAACUUUUCGGCGUUGCUCGUCAGAUUCAAAGCCUUGUGGAAAAGUACAAGAAUGCACCCAAGGCUGUGGACGAGAUCAUUGUCGAGUGCAACUUGACGAAAGAUGUGUGUCUCAAUUUGCAGAAUCAAGUCUCACAGACUGAUAUCCUCAAAAACCCGGUCAAAAACAGUACCGAGGAUGGUUUGCGGAAGAUGCUUGAUACAUGCGUGGAAAAUUUGGAGAAGACACUCAAAGACUUGAAACAUGAAGUCAGCAAGGUGCAGAGCAAAAGUGACUCGCGCAUGGGAAAGUGGGACAAGACGAAGUUCUUGUGGAGGGAGGAGAUGUUUUCAGAUGCUACGCAAAGUAUCCAGGAUCAGAAAGCCCGCCUUGGUAUUGUUAUCCAGCUUUUGCAAAUGCAAAACCCACCCCAACUGGGUUUACAGCCGCCGUCGGAGCUGAAGAAGAGUAGAUCAGAUACUCAUAUCAACACAACAGGCAAGCGAUUUGCUGACGACCUCUUUGCCGCUGUACGAGGAGGGCGGCUUGAGGACCUUGAGCCCAUUUUGGCCCAAGGCGUCUCUGUAAACAUAGCCCUAGGAGACCGCGGUGACCGGGCCAUACAUGUUGCCGCUCGCGAGGGAUUUCUGCUCGUCUUAGACCGGCUUAUUGCUUCCGGAGCAGACGUCAAUGUCCAGAAUGCGUUUCAGGAUACCGCAUUGCACCAAGCGCUCAGUCGAGGACAGAUUCCCACUUCAUUGGCGCUAUUGUCGAGCGGGGCCAGUUGGAAGAUCAGGAAUGCCAACGGGACUACGCCGCUACACACAGCCGUGAGGAGUUCUGCAUAUCUUGUUGUGCAGUAUUUGCUCGACAAGGGGGCAGACGCAAAUGCUCGAGACAAAUGGGGUCAUACUCCCCUUUAUAAGGCAUGCAUUCCCCCGGAGAAUGAUAAGAAAAAUGAUUUUGUCAUCAGCCUGAAAAUCAUUCGAUUACUCGUCGAGCGAGGAGCAGAUCCGACGCUUGGGGGUUGGAACACCGGCAGAACUCCGAUUCACGGGCUUGCGUCGAGCGGGCACGCAAAGGAGCUUGCGAUCUUGGUCAAGGAGGCCAAGACUCUCGAACUACCACUGGUAGGAAACUCUCAGGGUGAAACGCCGCUCCUUAUUGCGGUCAAGAACAAACAUUCAGACGCCGUAGACGUUCUGCUCAAACGUGGAGCCAACGUGAACGCGAGAGAGACUUCAAAAGAUGGUACGGCGCCGACUGCCCUAUGGUACGCCGCUUGCAACCCAGAUCUAAGCAUCGCGACCAAGCUUCUCGAAGCUGGCGCAGAUCCGCGUGCAAAGAGCAAUGGAAAAACUCUUCUUCAUCUUGCGGCGACGAAGCAUUGGCUUGAGCUGGCUAAGUUGCUGAUCAAAUACAAAGCCGAGCUGGAUGCCAAAUCAUCUAGUAACGAUACACCUCUCCAUUCGGCAGUCUGGGCCAAGGAUUUCCCGAUAGCUCGUCUUCUGCUAGAUAAUAGGGCCAAUGUAGGGGCCAAGGGAUACCGCACAGCGACUCCGAUCAUGGCAGCAGCCGAGAUCGGCUCGCUGCCAAUGGUCAGGCUCCUGCUUAAGCACGGAGCUCAGUGGUCUUACACGACGCCUCAAGGCUCAAACGCGUUUAUUUGGUCAUCGUCCGGCGGAAGCGUCGUGUGCGUGAGCUUCUUUCUCGGCUGUGGCCAAGACCUGCAUCACAGGACCGAGGGGGAUUAUACUGCGCUACACUAUGCGGCGAGGACAGGCAAGAUGGAGUGCGUGAAGUUUCUUCUAGAGCUGGGCAUCGAUAAGCAGGUCAUGCCGACGAAGAUGAGGGCACCCUUCAAGGUCAGGGGGACGGCAGCUGAGGUUGCGAGGGCGCAUGGGGCCGUUGAAGUAGCGGAGUUCAUUGAGAGGUAUAGGGGCGAGUAG